GUACGACGGCACGGCGCACGACGUCACGUGAUCAUUUCAAGAUGGCCGCUAGUGAACGUCGUACGCAGUCCGCUCGUUCUCCGGAAGUUUUUAAAAAAGGGUUCCAUGCCAGAUGGCGGCUCGUGUUCCAAACUAGAGACGGAGUGGGACUUGCCCUGAAACGUGCCACGAGUGUGAACGUGCAGAGUUAAAAGGACGAUGCUUGGUGCGUGUAAACAAAAGUGCUUGGAGGAUUCGGGAAAUGUUUCGAGACGGUGACGGCUGCCUCUGAUGAACUUUCGCGUCCCACGACCCUGAGAACUCGUCGCUGUCAAGGACCGUCUCAGUCAGCCAGCAGCCGAUCGCAGAGAUCAACGGUGGCAUCAUCGUCGCACGCGGGGGAGGAGAGGGCGAGGCGAGGGGGAACCGAGACCGCGGCGAGCGAAAAUAAUGGGAGAGAAUCAGCAGCCGAUGCUUCGCUCGAUCAACAACGCGCACAGGUCGUACGUUAAGUUCGUCAACAAGACCUUGCACCACGUAGUCCUCUACUGGAUCGACUACCAGGGCCAGGCGGUCGGUUACGGCGUACUGCGUCCCGACGAUUACCGCAACAUCGACACGUUCGUCACUCAUCCGUGGAUCUUCGUCGACAAGGACACCCACGACAGGUACACGGUGAACCAGAGAGACGUGUUCUUUCCGGAGCCGUGGAGUCCGAGUUCCCGCGGCCUCAGGAGGUACGUGUACAUCACGCUGCCUGUGUGCACGCUGCGGGAACUGUCGCUAAGGGCCAUCAAACGGUGUCUCACGCACGAUCGACAAGCGUUCCAGCUGGACAUACCGAGGAGCCUUCAACUGGAGCUGGCCAACAUGCUGCCGAGGGACGGUGGCGAGUCGGACAACGUCCGAAACUUGUAGCGCUCGGUCUGUCCCGCUAUCUAUUCUUCUGUUCGUGAUCUGUACAGGUGAAUCGAUUCCUAAUAUCUUAAUCUUAUUUUAGUAGAACGGUCUGUUCACUUUGCUUUACAUUCGUUACACGGGAACGGACGCGGUCUAUUUUCUCUGUUUCUAAAUUUGGUCGUUUCGUCGAGCCGGAGUUGAUCGUAUUUCUCUCGGUGAAUUGACUCGUUCGAAGUCGUCGAACCAGUCGUAAAACGUAAUGGACGGUUGUUCGUUAAAUGUAAAUUACUUGUAAGUAUACGCUUGUUAGAAUCGAGGCGAUUAAAGGAUAAGCGAAAAACA